AGAGGUGACGUCACCCACCCUCCAGUCUUUCUCUGUCAAAGUUUAUAAGUUCUGUUGUUAAGAAAUGGCCACUCGCCUGUUUGAGGAUAAAGAUCACGCUGCUUUCUAUAAGAAAUACAGGCUCUCGCUUCAGGAGAAUUUGCGGGCCGUGAUCCUCGCGUUCCUAGAGAAAAAGGUGAAGUGCUUCCAGCUGGGAGUGGAUGUGGGAUGCGGCUCAGGUCAAAAUACUGUCCUGCUGGCCAAGUAUUUUGAAAAGGUGGUUGGAACAGAUGUAAGUGAAGCUCAGAUUGAGGAAGCUAAGCGAGCAGCACACCCUCUCAAUGUCUCAUAUCUUGCACGUCCUGCAGAAGAGUUGCCUUUUGAGGAUAACUCUGUAGAUCUCAUCACAGCCUUUAGCGCUGUGCACUGGUUUGAUUUCCCCCGCUUCAUAAAGGAAAUGGACCGGAUUCUCAAACCAUCUGGCUGCUUUAUCUUGUGUUCCAACACCCUCGAUAUGGAGUGGCACUAUGGAGAUCAGUCUGAGAAGCUGACAGAGAUCUUCAAGGAGGUUCAAGCCCAACUUCUUCCUUAUACACAUGAAAGGGUCAAAUACGUUUCGGAUGACUAUAAAACAAUAUUUGAUGCUCUGCCCUUCGAGGAUAAGGAAAGAAUCACAGAUAUUGUAGAUAAAGUUCCCAAAAGUGUCUCUGAAUUACUGGGAUAUCUCCAGUCCUUUUCUAUGUACCACUGUUUGCUAAAAGCCCAGCCUGAGGCAGCCAAAUCUCUCAUUCAGAAUACUGAACAAAGAAUUCUGGAGACAAUGGGAGUUUCUUCACCUGAAACCAUGCUGGAGAUUUGGACUCGACAAGUUUGCAUUCUGGGUAGCAAGAGCUGUAAAAAGUAAUUUUGGCCUGCUUGGGGGGUGUUCCAACAGGAUAAAAAACCAACCCAUUUCAGUGCCAAGCUUCAGUACAAUGAUUACUACUUUUGAACAGCUUUCCCACAAAAGCAAUGCCCUAUUUAUUUCUGAGAGGAAUAGAAAGCAAAUGUAAAGUUAAGUAAACAUUAAAAAAUGAAAGAGCAGAAGGUGAGGUAAAAGGAACAUUGGACUUUAAAGAGCUAUUCAAAUUUCUACCCAUAACACUCACAAGAGUUACCUUGAGCUAACUAUUGACUAGGUUUAAUUUACUAAUUAAACUAGACUGGGAGUUGAUUUCCAUGCCUUUUAAAGUUGCUCUAAGAUUGAGAAACAGUAGACUGUUGUGUAACACACUGCAUGUGACUCAGCAACUGCAGUUUGUCAAACAUGGCAGUCCAGCUGCUGUCAAAACCCAGUGUAAUAGUGGUGCUAAAGUUGCUGCUUUGGUUAUCAAAAGAUCUCUAGGUUCAAUUUAAAGUGUAGGUUUUAACCUGUAAAACUUUUCAUCAUUACUUUGGUGUAGGUUCAGGAUUGUUUGCAGCCAGAAUCUGCCUGUCCUGUGCAUUUAUUCCAAAAUAAAUGUUCUGAGUGUCACAUAAGGUUUUAGGGAAGGGGCCCCAGGCAUAAUGGGACAGCUGAGACAGUUUGACUGCCAAAUGUGCCUGGUGUUUGCAAAACCUUAGAACGGGUCUUCAAACUUGACAAGCUUUAAGACUUGUGGACUUCAACUCCCAGAAUUCCUCCUCCAGUCAUGUUAACUCAAGAAUUAUGGGAGUUGACGUCCACAAGUCUUAAAGCUUGUCAGGUUUGAAGACCC